AGAAGUGUCAUCCAGGUCGCCAUCUUGUGCUGAAGGUUGUGCCAGGAGUGCUCGGGUGGUCAGCGAAAUGUUGUUUUUAGAGUGUUUUACCGCAAAUUCUUAACAAAUCUUACGCGCGUAGGUUUUAAUAUACUGGAAGAAGUGCCACCGGCAACGGGUAGCUCCGACGCGGGUUGCCCGUGCUCAGUUUAGAUGUAAAGUGUCUGGGGAGUAGUGUGUGGCUGAGCAUCCCGAGGCAGGCAGUUGGCAAUGCCACUGGUGCAGCGGCUCAUCGAACCCGUGCAUGUGUCCAGGGGUACCUUGCCCCUGGAUGCAAGAGGUGCCCCUGCAGUACAGGUUCCCAGUGAGCUUGAGUGUGUGACGAAUGGCUCCUUGGCCAAUGUCGUGCGGCAGCUCUCGUCGCUCUCCAAGCAUGCGCACGACCUCUUUGGCGCCCUGUUCCAAGACGCCACGGCCCUGGUCACUCGAGCGGCUGCCCUCCAGGAGAGGGUCGACCGGCUCGCUCUCAAGGUCACCCAGUUGGACUCGACGGUGGAAGAAGUGUCGCUGCAAGACAUUCACAUGCGCAAGGCAUUCCGCAGCUCUGUAGUGUACGACCAGCAGGUGGUGUGUCGAGGGACCAUGCCUGCGGGCAUGCUCGAGAUGUACCAGGCCUGCGACAAGCCGCCACCCCUGGACAAGCUGAAUCCUUACAGGGAUGAUGGCAAGGAUGGUCUCAAGUCAUAUACCGACCCUGGCUACUUCUUUGAGCUCUGGAGGCGAGAGAUGCUCAAGGACACGGAAAGGAUAAUGCUUGACAGGGGCAAAAAGCUGGUGCAUUCCAAGGACGGAGCUGAGCCCAACCGCGUUCGGCCCGAAGGGAAGAAGCACAAGAAGGUGCGGCAACCGCACAACACGAGGGAACGCUACCGCCAGCUGGCCACGACCCAGGAGUUUCUGGACCACACGCCCAUCUAUGGGACCACCACUCCAUACAACAACAACGUCAGGGCGCCUGCACCCGGGGCACCCCUGCCUCAUGUCCCCCUGCAACAGCAACCGCAGGUACCGCCUGCCACGCUACCCGACGGUCCCGUGCGCCCGAGCAGCCUCGAGCUCGCCCCGGGCGCCCACUAUCCGCCACCUCCACCUGCCUACUCGGAGCACGUCCCGCCGCAGUCGCCGAACCACUACCCGCCACCGCCCCCUUAUGUUGAACAGCAGCCCCAAGCCUCGCCGGCCAAUGGGAACGGGACGCCGUCACGCAGGCCUCGCCCCAGCCAGCCACCCCCGGCCCCUCCCACAACGGGCUCAGUCUCAAGUGGGACCUCUUCGCCAAGCAUCACGGGAGGCACUCCGUCAAGUGGAGCCAGUCGUCAUCGAACGACGAGCCAGAGAGAAACCCUUCCUCCGCCGCCGCCUCCUCCGGAAGCCGGGGGCCCCGUCGUGCCCUGUGUCGUGGAUGCGCCUCCGCCUCCGGUGCACCAGGCAAGCGUGGACAACGGAGGCGCGGACAACAUGGAACUGCCCCCGCCCCCUCCGGCACCCGACACUGCGAUGGACUCUGUGGUGGGGGCCGGCGUUGCCGCGGCUCCGCCUCCCCCACCACCACCUCUGCCUCCGGCCAAUGGGAUGACUGUGGCCCCGGCAAUGGUCAACGGUGGCCUGUCCAACGGUAUGUUGGCAGAGUCCGAGAGCUCUGGCUCGAGCAAAGGAGGAGGGGUGCAGAAGGAGGAAAGACCAACCCCUGCCCCCGUGAAAGGAACAACCCCGGCACCGCCGACGGAUGCCCGAAGCGACCUCUUGGCUGCGAUUAGAGAAGGCAUCAAGCUACGGCGAGUAGAGGACUUCAAGCAGAAGCAAGUGGAGAAAGCGGCGCAACCUCACGAUGUGGCUUCUAUAUUGGCCAGGAGGGUGGCCAUUGAAGUGUCCGACUCAGAGUCUGGUUCUGACAGCGAAUAUGAUAGUGACUGGGACAAUGAAACAGAAUGCUGAGGGCACAGUGAAGCUCGUCCGUCAUCAACGCUGCGGUAAGCUCGCUUGUCGCAGCCGCCCGUGGACGACGGGGAGAUGGAGCGCUGCCUGUGCAUUUGCUAGUCUGGUGUGGCCACAAGUCUUUCCUGAGGUGCGCGUGCUGCUCCGAAAGCUGCUCAGGUUGACGAGUGUGGAAGAUAACUCGCUUCAGUAUUCUUAACGUCCGCUGCCUGGUGCUUGGCAGUGGUUCUUAUUUUGCAAAGCCCAGUGCGUUAUAGGGUCAUAAGUGCUUUUUCUCUUUAGAAGGGAAGUGGGAGGGUGGGGGGGGGGUUGGGAGCGCAUAACACUGAAGGAAAUCGAUCCCAUUCCAAAUUUUUUUAUCACUCCCAAGGCAUGGGAGGCACAGUAGCUCGUUGAUGAGAGCUCCUGUACAACUUUUAUUACAAUGCUCCUCUCGUAGCAUCCCGCCCCUCCGAGCUGCGAGAAAGAAACUGCAAUAUGUGUUUGCGAGGGAAUGUCUCGUUCUGUCUGGGGCAUAUCUUAGCGUUUUUAUAAUUUUCGCUUCCCAAUAGCACUUUUUAGAGUUGUGGUAUGGAAAGCCUGUGGCCGAGUAAGUGAAAGUGAUUGUGUAAUCAAGCAUCCUUUAAAUGUUUAGUGGUGCGAGGAAUCAUCUGCCUUUCUCUCGAUCUCUCUCUCUCAUGCUGCAAAAAUUGCUGUUUGUAUUAAGUUGCGACAUUACUUCUCCUAAAUGCCAAAGAUAGGUUGGUGCUGCCGUCUUUUUGUUCUUUUAGCUUGAGUUUCUUUCUUUUACUGCCACUUAAAUCAUCACCUUCAUGCCAUAAGUUGCUUUUGUGUUGGCCUCAGUGGUACAUUCUUGUGUUAACCACGUAGCACUGCUUUGCUAUGCAUGAAAUUGUACUUAGAUGUCGAUAUGCUGCUUUUAUCAUUUCCUUUUUUGCUGAUUAGAACAUGUUCUUGUGUUCGACGGUCUGGCCUGCCUGAAAGUGUUCCUCCAAGCAAUCAGCCUUCUGUUCACAGAAAAUGAGGUAGUGGUGACUGUAGUCUCGGUAGUUGCACGGCAGGGAAGUGGUGCUGUGUUUCGAAACACUGCAUGUAUUCACUUGUGCUAAAGCAUUUGGAGCUUCAUUUUGCGUCGGGGUUCUGUAAGGUCGGUGGAAGGCAGACGCAAAGUUACAGUGUGUGGGUGUAAAGCCACGGCGUCUCUAACAUUUGCCCGCUGAGCACUGUCACGAGGUUGAAAAGCGACCGUGCUUCAAGGAGAUGCUGACAUUAAUGCUCGACCUAUCACUUUGCCGGAGUUAGGCGACCACUUUGCUCGCACCUGCUUCGUCCUUUUCAUCUCUCUAUUUUGAACAGUGCAUAACCUUUGUUGCGUGCUUUUAGCUGAUUGGCAUAUAUUACGUGACUGAGGAUACUAUGUUAGGCUGCAUCUCAACAUCUCGGUGUCCAAAGAGUUGGUUCGCAGCUGUACUUAAUUUAUUGCAGACAAGAUUAAGUAACUACCAUCGAUCAAAUGUGUUCCGCUUUCAAUGAGAGUAACGCUAAUGCCCUGCAAACACACACUCGAAGCUAGACUCUUCUAAGCAUGAAAAGUGUUGUAAUCUCUGAUAACUCCAUGUUUUCUUCUGGUGCACGAGACCUUGGACUUAUGCACAGCUCUGCUCCCUUUGGUCGCUUGCAUGAAAAUUCUGGGCAUGUGGACAUCCAGAGCAGAAAAAUGCAUGUAACAUGAGCUCAUGAAUGUGACGUGCAAGAAAUGGUUGAAAGAUUAGGUGGAUGUUUGAAGCAGUAAAUGACAGUGUAUUUAUUGCGCAGGGAUUGGGGAACAUGGGAGUAUUGUCCAGGUUAUUUUUAAUUGGCUGGUCCCCCAAUUUUUUCAUCGAUUUCAACCACUACUGAUAACAGUGAGCUUUUGCGACGCAACACAGAAUUAAGGAUUUGGCAAACUUUGGUAGCCUUCCAACUUUGCUCCGUGUAGCACCACAAUGUGUUGUAGGCAUGUGGAGAAGUUCACUUUUGGUGGGUCGUGCGAGGGCUCAGGUCUGGCUUCUCUUACACAGAUGCUAGGUGGUCGAGUCUUAGUACAUACUAGUAGUACAGUGAAUUCAUAGUAGUUUUGCAAGUAGCACGAGGUGUGCAUAGGCUGCAGGCCAAAUGACGAAACAAAAAACUUUUGUUGUAUUCACCAGGCUCAAGCUUAAGUAUGUGAUUGAUUAGUGCAACUUGCUUCACAAAAUGAACUGGUUUGUCGAUUUGAUGCAGGCUCGUUUUUAAACAAUAGCACCAGAAAGUGUGCCCCUUCACUUGGUAGUAGGUGUUUGUGCUGUCUUGUUCUCUUAUCUUGUUUCCGUGUUUGCACGCCUUACCUUCUUUUAUGAUGAUUUCUUAUCAACUAGCUCAGCGUUCCGUUCUUCUAAGCACCACAAAUGCAGUGUGACCUACAGUAUGGUGGGAUUCUACCUGUGCUGCACUGUCGGAUAUUGCCAUGCCACUGUUUACCCAAUGACUUGCACUUAUGGUGACUUAUUGAUUGCAUUGUUUCUCACCUAUUUUGAGCACUGCACAUAUUCGGUCCGUGAGUAGGGGUGUCUUUAGUUGUAUAUUUUUAAAGAUCAAUUUGCAAUACCCUGUGCCAAACAAAAGCCCCAGUGCAGCGCGUGCAAUUGUUCUAUGCCAAAUCUUUCUUUAUUUUAUCACACACCUCAGCAUUUUUUCUGAAAACACCUUGUUGUAAUUAUUUCAAGUUUCCUUUCUUUCCUUGAUCCACCUGUGGCAAUUUCAACACUGUGGGUGGGAGCUAAAGCCUGUUUCGGGUGGUAUGGAUUGUCUGUGGUUGUGGCCACUACAUGUGCAGAAACUUGCCUUCCUAGGGAUCGCAAAGGGCCGUAGGGGAUCGCAAAACAUUUCAUCCAUUGCUGUGGACAGUGGCAUUCGGUGCAGCAGCAGUGCUUGAAGCUGUUAUGUGAAACAAAAAAAGAACUCUUUGCUUAGCUGCACUCAUUGUAACAGCAGUUAGCUUAUUGCAUUGUUUGAAACGUGCUUUAGCCAAGGCCUCUGUCAUGGGGUAUCCUAACAUUGUUUAUGCACACACCUGGCGGCAUGUACGCUUAAAGUAGACAACAAGCAGCUUAAGAAAAAGACAUGUAGGAACUGGUCCUUCACACUUCACGCAGCUGGCUAUCUUCGAGUCUUGACAGGUUUGAAGGUAAAGUGACUUCCCUCUUGCAUGAGAGAUUACCUGUUAAUCCAUCUGAGUGGCUGUGCAAGCUGCCGCUGACGAUGUCUUUUUUGUCAGGCCCCAAUGCUACUAUUGCUCAAGAGAUGGCUGGACAGCGGGUGUCGCCAAAGCCAUCUCACGUGUGCCUAUUUUCAAAAGCAGGCUUGUCUGUUGAUUGCGUCUUGAACCUUUUACUGUUCUUUUGGUCUUGCUUGAGAGGAUAGGAGAUGGCGACCUCUAGUAGCUUGUGUGAUCAAGUCCAUCCGGGUCAUCCGCUGGCACGUUCUAAGGCCAUUCUAGAAUUGUUUGCAACUAGCUGGAGUGACUGCUUUUCCAUGUAUAAAGCAUGCCUGGCACUGGUCACAGGAGCUGCCGAACAUUUGCUGCGUUAACCGAGUAAGAGUGGCACGUUUGCAGUCAGUACUAUAGCUUUGUCAUGUUUCGUUGGAACUGUCAUCUCACGUGCAUUCCACUGGUUGCCUGGCUCCCUGGCAUUGUGCUUGGAAUGGUACUGUCAAAGCUCACCGCAGCCCACAUUUGGCCGCCUAGAAAAGAAAGGGACAACCCGGCCAGAAGCCACCUUUCACAUCGGGCACUCCGAGCGGCGCAACGCGUCCUCAAGCUUAUUUCAGUGGUCAAGCAUCGUGUCGGCACUUGCAUACUUAAAAUGUAUCUGUAACCUGGGUUUGGGGAUGCAUUAUCCGGCUCGCUGCUUCUGUGAAGCCAACGUUGAUGCCAACAUGUGGUAGUGUGUGCAAAAAGGGGUGAGAAAAAGCCGAGUGCAAGUUGCGUUGCUUUCAACGAUUGUAACGUGCAUCAGUAUCCGCCAGCGAUGGGAGACUGUGGCCACGUUCGUCAAGUGCUGCGUUGCUCGUGCGCGCGUGCAGUGCCGUUGCCAUGUGAUAUGUGUGUUGCCGUCGCACCAGGAAAAAAUGCCCACGCGGAUUGUAAAAGCGAGGUGUCUCGAGAACGGGGCCUGUGUUAGAUGGGGUAAUAAUGGCUAUUGGUGUCCGAGCUUGGGCGCUGUAUAUACGAACCUGUAGAUACCGAGAACAGUGAGAGUUUUAUAUUUUUGGAGCAGUAAUAGUGUGUGGCUAUUCUCGUCUUAUGUGGAAAAAGAAGAAAACAAAACACCUCAGUUUGUAUACCUGAGACUGUGUCAACACUAUCUUGAGUUAUCUGUGUGGGCAAUUAGCGUUGUGUAAACAACAGAAUGGACUGACCCUGUUUUUUUUUCUGUGUCACUAAUGUUUCCUAGAUCACCUGUACAUGUCAAGCUCCUGAAACUAGAAAACAAAAAAUGCUGUUUUAUUUUAUACAUAUAUAUAAAUAUAACUAUAAAUAUGAAGAUAUGAAAAGAAUUAUAUAUACAUAUAUAUAGCUAUGUAAGUGUUUUCUACAGUGCUUUGGUGUUGAAACCCGAGGCAAACUUCACCGCCGUCAGUCUAUGUCUCGUGCCGCAGUUGGGGGCACUUUUGUAUAGGUAACGAAUAAAGAGAUGACUAAACAAGUA